UGUGGUGUCUCUCGGCUUCCGUUGAGCAACGGGCAAGAUGGCGGCCUCCGAGACGGUUAGGCUACGGCUUCAAUUUGAUUAUCCGCCUCCAGCUACCCCUCACUGCACGGCCUUUUGGCUUCUCGUCGACUUGAACAGAUGCCGAGUGGUCACGGAUCUCAUUAGUCUCAUCCGCCAGCGCUUCGGCUUCAGUUCUGGGGCCAUCCUGGGCCUCUACUUGGAGGGGGGGCUUCUGCCCCCAGCCGAGAGCGCGCGCCUGGUACGAGACAACGACUGCCUCAGAGUUAAAUUAGAAGAGAGAGAAACUGCGGAGAAUACUGUAACAGUCAAGAAUGGUGACGAUAGUCAUUUAUUACCCAGAAAAGCAAAGAAGAGGGCAUUUAAGUUGGAGGAGGGUGAAGAAACCGAACUAGAUUACAGAAAUUCAAAGAAACAUUGGAAGAGGCAAGAGAACAGUAGCAAUGGGAAGACCUUGGAUCUAGAACCUAAAGCUGCCACAGAUCAGAGUAUGAGGAAAAAGGGCAAGAGGAAAAACAAAGCCAUGUGUGGUGUAGUGGAUGGUGAUGACGAAGAAACCAAAAGAAAGUCACCAAAGAGGAAGGAGAAAUGUGAACUUAAAAGGCAGACCAAGAACUCCAGGUCUUCUAAAGCACAGACGGUGAAGGACUGGGCCAUCUCGAACUGUGGUCCUCUGAAAAGUUCACUUGCUAGGAACAGCCUUGUCAAAGCCAAAAGGAAAGGCGGCGCGGGCGUCUGUCCAAAAGACAGCCCCAUUUCCUCCUCAGAGUCCGAGUCUUCUCAUGAGUCCACCAGUGAUGGUGUCAGCAAUGUCCUCUUGGAGGUCAGAAAUUCCUCAGAGAAAACAUCAGCUGAGUUAUCAAAGGAAGGGCCCUCGACAAAACACAAGACUGCAAACAAAGUGGCUGCCAAAACUGGCUUCACCUGUGCGGCCGUCAAGUGCAAGACGACCAGAGCAUCAUCUUCCAGUUCGGACUCCAGCUCGGAGUCGGACGACCAGUGCACGGUGUCGAAGAGUACCCCGGAGCGUGCUGCGGGUUUCUUAAAGCCUGUAGGCCUCUUUGCAGGAAGAGGCUGUCCGGGCCCGGGGCCGUGCGCGCAGACCCCACACGCUGCCGGGUGGAAGCUCUCGGACGCAAACGGUGCCAGACAGGCUCCUCCCGGGCCCCCUCCCAACGUGACUCUCCCCACCAGUUUGGGAAGAGGCUGCGGGAGAGGAGAGGACCUUCUUUCUUGGAAGGGAGCUAGGGGUCGGGGUGUGCGGGGGAGAGGCCGGGGCCGAGGGCAAGCUGUUUCCUUUGUGUUAAAUAGAAACCCUGAGUAUCAGAAGCACCAGCAACUAAAUGAAAUGGUAACAAACUCCUCUACUAUUAUCCAGAAUCCGGUAGAGACACACAAGGACUACAGUUUGUUACCGCUGUUAGCAGCUGCCCCACAAGUUGGAGAAAAGAUUGCAUUUAAGCUUUUGGAGCUGACAUCCGAUUAUUCUCCUGAUGUCUCUGACUACAAGGAAGGAAAAAUACUAAGCCACAAUCCAGACACCCAGCAAGUAGAUAUAGAAAUUCUUUCAUCCUUACCUGCCAUGAAAGAACCUGGGAAAUUUGAUUUGGUUUAUCACAACGAAAAUGGAACUGAGGUAGUGGAGUACGCUGUGACGCAGGAGAAGAGGAUCACCGUUUUUUGGAGAGAGUUGAUCGAUCCAAGACUGAUCGUUGAACCUCCGAGUACCAUACCAAGUACAGAGCCUGCUCGAGGAUGACCUCUCCACCUCCUAGUCUACAAAUGUCUUGUUUGUGAAAGGGACUAUAACCUGAACUUGUUUUUUUUUUUUUUAAAGAUUUGAAAGUUGUAUGCGUUUUUUUGUUCACUUUACUGCAUAGGAAAAAAAUCUACCUCAUCAUUUAAAAUAACAUGGGUGUUGCUUUUGUAGACCUUUUUUUUUUCCUUCUUCCAGGCUUAAUUUCAGUAACAAAAUUUAAAACAUGACAUUCCCUCCAGGCAUUGUUAUAUAUCAGCGUAUAUGGUUUCUUCUCUUUUUUUUAAUUUAUUUUUUGACCAUCAAGUAGCCAUCGUCAGUAGGAGUUUAUAACACCAAGUACAAGAAAAUGCUGCAUAUCUUGUUUCAGUAACGUUGUAUUAAGUAACAUUUUAAGACAUGAAAGCAUGUUACUUGACCGAAUUUUUUAAUAUUCAAGUUGUUCCAUUACAUGUGGAGCAUCUUAUACAUUUCAAGUAUUUUAUACUUGUAACUGUCAAGAAUUAAAAAGUAGGUGGGUUUGUUGCAGGCAAUGAGUUAAGGAAUCCUUUCACAUUUUCUCAACUUUAAAAUUAAGGAUUUUCAGAACCUCGUGUAGAACAGUGAAAAUAAGAUCUCGUGUAUUUGCCUGGGGACAAACGGGUGGUCCACCUGGGUGAGAGGAUUUCCUAGGAGUUCGGCCCAGGGAAUGUGUUAUCUUUCUACAAGAUCUCAAGCACCUGGCUGAGUGUGAAGUGAGGACUGAACAGAAACUUCCUUUUCUGUUAUUAUUCAAAACAGAGCUAAAAUGGCUAAAUAUAUACUGUGAAAAUUGCUUUCUUUUAACAAAACAUCGGGUUCCUCCUUCAGCUUUGCAAAUUUCUAAAUAAAAUCAUAUUGAACUAAA